AGGCACAUGAAACGCCAAGGUGUUCACUUGCUCAGAGCAACCUGAGCUCGUGGCAAGAUCGCUUUCUUUAAGUUUUCACCUUUCCUUCUUCUCAGUUUUCUGGGUCGAAGGUGGACAUAAUCUUUUUGUUCUCUCCGACAUGCGCCGAGGCUUGCUGGUCUUGUCAAUUCAGCUUCUUUCAGUUCUGGCGUUUGCGGAUAUUCAAAAGCUCUCGGCGAGACAUGCUGUUCGAACAAAUGGUGGAAUACACGUGCCUAUAUUCAGAAAAGAGUCAGCAUCCCGGUCGCUGUUGAAAAAGCGCGGUGAACUUUCUGGUGCCAUUGGCUUAGGUGAUUAUUUUGACGUAACAUACCAUGUUUUGGUGACUAUAGGAAACACUUCUACUCCGCUCGUGCUUGAUACCGGCUCCUCUGAUCUAUGGGCUAUUUCUGAUGCUUGCACAUCCGAAAGCUGUAUGACUGAAGUAUCGCUAUACCCUCAAACGAACUUUACAUCAACAGGUCUCGAGGCUCAGCUAUUUUAUGGUGAUUCGCGAACAGGGACCUAUGCACUUGGCAUUAUAGGACAGGAUACAGUUUCCCUUGCAGGAUUGUGCCUCGAUGGCCAGUAUUUUGCCGCAAUAAAUGAUACAAAUACGAGUGUGCUCGACACCGGAGCAGCAGGGAUUUUCGGCCUUGGAUUUCCAAGCAACAGUUUCAUCUGGUCAGACGUAUUCUUCAAUAAACACGCAUCGCUUUCCCAGCAUCGGAGAAGAGAUGUGCUACCUGCUAGGAGUCGCCCACGACGCCAAGGAAACUUUGGAACACGUUUUCUUCCACGCCUUAACUCUAUGCCUCCUGUGUUUCCUGCCAUCGCGAACCGCAUCGGAUCCCAGCGUCGGCAAUCACGUUUAAACUCAUCCGCUGCCGAAUGGACAUCCGUCAUUACUGAUUCGUACGCAUCCAUGGGCCCGUUCGUUGUUCGGCUCGUGGCUAAAGCAGAGUUGAAUGCUCCAAUGUUCACAGUGACCUUGCAACGGAACACUAUAUCUCGAGAGGGUAAUGUUGGGCAGCUAAGCAUUGGGGAGCUCCCCGCUGGUAUCAAGAACGAGAGUCUUACUUGGGUUCCCAUCCGCUCAUAUUCCAGCAAAGAGGGCGGUCUGGUCGGGCCCACCGAUUCUCCGAAUGAAAAAUACCCCAUCAACUGGGAAAUCUUUAUUGAUGCCGUAUAUUUGGAUGGGCAGAAAUUGAAUAACUCGUCCCUCGCUUCUUCGGACAUUGCGGUUUCUGGUCUUGUUGAUACCGGUAACACCCUCGUACGCGGCCCUUCGGAUGUCAUAGACGUAAUUUAUGCUCAGCUGGGAGGGACAGAAUUCUCUUGCUCCACCCCUCACACGCUAGCCUUUCAGAUCGGAGGGAAGAUGUUCCCCGUUGAUCCGCGCGACUUCAUCGUUCAAGCACACGCCGAUAAUGUGGACAUUUGUACAGCAAACAUUGCCGCCACUGACACGCCUGUUCUCGGUGAAGGCCCUCUCUACAGCUGGUGUCUUGGAGAUCCAUUUUUGAAGGGUGUCUUGUCUGCGUUUCAUUAUGGCAACCUGUCGUAUCCGUCUGUGGACUCUCCCCGGAUAGGAUUGCUCUCCACAGUACCGGAAGAUGCCUCGGAUAAGCUUAUCGAAGCUGUAAGAGAGGCUUCUUCCAGCGACAAUCUAUAUGGAACCGCCGAAUCAGCUCCAACUGGUCUUCCCGUCGCUGAUUCAACCAAUUCACUCGGGGUUCCGGUGGUUACUGCAAUACCGACUCCGACAUCUUCAAACGGUGAUGUGGUUUUGUCCUGCCAAAUACAAGGAUGGCUGGCACUGCUGCUUGGUACUGUUGUAGUCUUGUUACGCCCCUAGAGCAUGAGAGGAGGUGGUCCCGCAGUCAUUGCGUUUUGACGCACUCGCUGACUUUAUUCUGAUUCAGGAGGCGGUUCAUGUAAAAUGCGUGUCAUUAUAUGAUAUCCUAUAUAUUAAUUCGAUGAUUCCAAAAACAAAACUCA